GGUCCUUUUCUAGUUUCACCAACAAUAUGAAAACCUUCACUAUUUUAACAUUGCUUCUACCAGCUUGUCUGGCUGCACCAUCAUCGGUGGAAUCCAAUAAUACCACCGGUUUAGAAUCUAGUGAACUGCCAACAGAUCAUGGGAGAAUUAUGGGAGGUGCAACCGCACCAGAUGGAGCCUUCCCUUAUCAAGUCUCCAUUAGAACUAUAGACAACAAGCACUUCUGUGGUGGUUCCAUCAUUAGCGCAAGACAUGUUCUCACAGCAGCUCAUUGCUUCAACGGAGCUAGCCCUAGCACCAUCAUGGUAGUCGUUGGGACUAACCAGCUGAACGCAGGUGGCACAGGCUACAGGGUCGCAAGAAUUGAUUCACACGCACAAUAUAAUAGCGAAAACAAUUUAAAUGACAUCUCCAUAGUGACGGUAAAUCCCAGAUUUAGUGGCGCCACACCAGGCAUAGGACUCGUUCGUCUUGCCGGUAGUAACCGGGUUAUCGCCAACGGCGAGAAACUGAUGGCUUCUGGAUGGGGCUUCGACAACUACCCAAGCGAAGUUUCGCCGAAUAGAAUGCAAUAUAUACAAUUGACUGGAAUGGAUGCGACAACAUGCGCUGCCAAGCUGCCAGGGUACCCGAUUAGAAGUGGUCAUAUUUGCACCGAAGCUCCAAUAGGUCAAGGUACAUGCAUGGGAGAUUCGGGUGGUCCUCUGGUAGAUGGCACAGGAAGACAAGUCGGCGUUGUAUCGUGGGGAAUUCCUUGCGCCAAAGGACAACCAGAUGUUUUCACUUCUGUGGCUUACUAUUCACGUUGGAUCCAAGAUAUAACAAAGGAAACAUAAACCGAAAACAUGUUACUCAUUUUUGCAUUUUGAUUGUGAACCACUUGUAAACGUGCCCCGAAAAUAAUUUGAUAAACACGUUCCAAUGAAAUAAUAUUUAAAAAAGAGUAAUUAUUUAUAAAUCGCA